AUGGAAGUCGAUGGGGCCAGUACACCACUGUCAGGGUCACUACACCCCGCUCCUGUCUCCAUGGAAUUGCUAGAGGCACUGCGCAGGCAGGAUGAGCAAAUGCAAUUGUUGCUAGAUCAAAUGGAAAGGUUGGACAAGGAUUCCUCCAAGUGGGCAGUCGAGGAAAUGUGCAAAAGGGCCCACCAGACCAUAAGGGAAGGGCUGCAAAAUGUUGAACGACAUAUUUUCAGACCUGUUGAUAUUGGUCCGUCUCCCUUCCAAGACAAAGCUCCUGCUCCUGCAGCAGAAGACUUUGGGGAGAAGGAGAGAAGGCAGAAAGCCUGGGUGAGACAGUGCCUGGGGUCAGGAGAAAUGAGUCUGAGAGAGGCUGAUCACAAUCUACAAUCAAAAUUUGGUUCAGCUCUUACCUUAAAGGCAAUGGCCACGGUGGAGAGGCUUUUCUGUCUGUUGGAAGCUCACGGUGCCCGCCCGUCCGUGGAAGGGCUGGGCUGGGCCCGUGAGAACUGGAGUAACUGUCAGAGUGUGGCGGAUCGGAUUGUGGCCCUGCAGAAGGAGGCACGGGCCAAGUCGGGAAAGGGCAAAGCCUUCAUCUGUGCAGUUUUGGGUGCGUGUUUGGCCACUUCAAUAGAUGAAAAGCAAAGCCAAAACGGACGAGAGAAUAAAAUCAUUUCCUCCUUGCAGGAUCUGGUAGAUUCCCUGCAAGGGCAUAUUGUAACUUUAAAAGACGAAGUGGCAGAUCUUAAGGAUAGAUUAAAAACAGAACAGAAGUGGCAAAAGUGGUUUUUGAAGGAGGAAGAGUUAAAGCAGACAGAGCCUGCCUCCAUAUACCCCCAGGCAAAGCUGGCAGCAGCAGAGGAAGCUGCUGCUCACAUGCGUCCUCUCAUUAAAACUGAAAUGCUGUAUGAGGAUGAGGAUGGCACCCCUGCCAUCACAACGAAAGAGAUACCCUUUUCUUCCACUGAGCUGGCCAAACUGCGUAAAGAGUUUACACGUUCGGCUGGAGAGUCUGAGGUGGAAUAUGUAUGGCAUGUCUCUAGAACUGGAGGUGAUCAAAUUAGGUUGACAGAGGCUGAAGCUACAGGCUAUUGGGGUGCUAACGUGUUCCUAACUACGGGAAAUAGGAGUGGUCCCUGGAGCCUUACUCAGCGAGCAGCUUUCUGGGCUGGGGGCUUUGAUUCAAAGGAGAGAGGAGAGCCUCUAGUUCUGAGGGGAGGCAUGAAUCAGAUCAUGGAAAAUGUGCAGAAGGCAGCUUGUUUGCAAAUGGUCUAUGAUCGAGAACUGAAACAUCAUUUUGAAUCGCCCCUUUCUCUCUUGGUGGACCCGAAGCGAAUGACCCCUCUGGUGAGGGGACUUCCUGACUCCCUUAAGAUGAAAGGCAUUCAGCUUCAAAAGGAGAUAGCUGACACCCCACUUACCUCCCGGAUACAAGCUACUCUGAGGGAGCACUUAACACCCGGGAGGAACCAGCCGGAUUGCAGACAAUGGACGUGGGAGGAGGUGGCUAGAGAGCUAUUAGAUUAUGCCAGACAGUAUGGGGUGCCUGAGGAAGUUCAUAAGCCUGAGCCUAGAGGCUUGAGGCAUGUGAAAAUUAAUCACCCACUGCCAAGUGCAGACCCCCGGAGCCAGAUGCUUCGAAUCCCCAAACGACACUCGACUGGGGGAAGAGAGCACCUGAACACUAGACAGUAUUGGUGGGGGCUUGGCCGAAAGAAAGGUAUCCCAAAAGAAGUGAUUGAUGGGUUAUCUUCAGUGCACUUGGAAAUCGUUGUAAAAAACUGGCCAGAGUCUAGCCAGAAACUCGAACCCACUGCACCCCCCUUGAUAGACUUAUCUGAUGUGGGGAAAGGCGUGCCCCCUUCUCAGCCUCAGAGGAGCUGA